AUGUACCAGCCAUCCCGUCUGUUUGAACCAUGGAACCGAAAUGGAAGCGUGGAAGUAGAGCAGAACAGGCAGAAUAGACAGAAUGAGCAGAAUGGGCAGGACAAGCAGGACAAGCAGGACAAGCAGAACAAGCAGAACAAGCAGAAGAAGCAGAAGAAGCAGAAGAAGCAGAAGAAGCAGAAGAAGCAGAAGAAGCAGAAGAAGCAGAAGAAGCAGAAGAAGCAGAAGAAGCAGAAGAAGCAGAAGAAGCAGAAGAAGCAGAAGAAGCAGAAGAAGCAGAAGAAGCAGAAGAAGCAGAAGAAGCAGAAGAAGCAGAAGAAGCAGAAGAAGCAGAAGAAGCAGAAGAAGCAGAAGAAGCAGAAGAAGCAGAAGAAGCAGAAGAAGCAGAAGAAGCAGAAGAAGCAGAAGAAGCAGAAGAAGCAGAAGAAGCAGAAGAAGCAGAAGAAGCAGAAGAAGCAGAAGAAGCAGAAGAAGCAGAAGAAGCAGAAGAAGCAGAAAGCAGGAGACUAG